AGAUUAGGAGUGCACCCAGAGGGUGCUUUCCAUGCCCAUGCCACGUGUUAUUUCGUCUGCAUGCACCUAACUUAAGUCUUCUUACUCACCCACCCCCAUUGCAGUUCUCUGUCUUUCUUCGUAAGAGAAAAAAACAAAAAGAAGAAGAAGAAGAAGAAGCAGUGUUAAAGAAGGAGGAGAUGGAAGGCAUCACCGCCAGCGUGUGCAGGGGUGUGAAAGACUAUUGGAGGAGGAAGGGCUACAAGAAGCUAAACGGGUCGGGUCGGAGAAGGCGGAACCGGGUGGAGCUUGGGAGCACCCGAACCGGGAAGGGUAGGUUCUGGAGGUGGAGGAUCAGACUCGCACCCAAGAUCCGAAUCAGGAAAAUCCCGUCGCCCAAGAAAAUGUUGCUGUGGGUUCGGGACGCGUACGUGAGGAUGAUGCUGGGCCUGGCCAACUCGCGGGUCAUGACGGUGAACGCCGCCUCAGCUUCGGGCUUCGGUGGGGCCCUCUCAGGUGUGGGCACCUCCUUAGGAACUGGCUUCGGGCUGGCCCCACCCAAGGAGUACGACGAGAAGACCAUCAUCCAGAUCUACAAGUCCCUCCUCAUGGCGCAUGGCCCGUUAGUGUCUCCCGACGCCGCCGCAGCACAAAUCCGGUGACCGUAGCGCCAACGGUAAGGGUUAAACCGUCAAAGCACCUUCUUUUUUCUCAUCAAUUGUUCAAUACUUGUCCUCCCAAUGCCUUCAUCACCUUCUUAAAGUUAAUCUCUUACUGUCAUUCCAUAUAUGUACUAUUUUCUGAUGGGGUUUAUUUACUUUUUAAUGUCAUUCUAUCAACUCGAUAGAUUCUUCUUUUCUCAUCGCCCCAAUUCCUAAACUACAUGCCAACAUCACCGGAAUAUAGGGAAACACGAAAUUGUAUUAUUAUGCUGGCAAACGCGGCACUAUUGAUUCCGAGGUUUAUCUUGUUAAUAAAUGACUUGGAUAUA